AUGCCGUAUAAAGGAAUGAGGAGCCUUUUUUUUCCCCCGAAGGCAUCAUCGUCUUCAAUUUCCAACUUCCCUUGGCCUUCCAGAACCGGUCUUCAGAAUCCCAAUUCGACCCCACGGCGUUUGUUCUCCGACGCGUUUAUGGAUCGAACUCUGGAAAUCGCAGACUCCAUUAUCAUGAAAUGGAACCCAGACACUUCAACGUUCGCAAAAGUCACUUCUCUCUUUUACGAGAACCGCAGAGAAGCCAAGGAAUUUAUCAAGAGCGUCAAUGAUCUGCAAAAGGCCAUGCACUUUUCAGCGUCUGAAAACUCCAAUUCAGACAAGCUCGGUCGUGCCCAGAACCUAAUGCAAAUCGCCAUGAAACGAUUGCAAAAAGAGUUCUACCAGAUUCUCUCAAUUAACCGAGCUCAUCUCGAUCCUGAGUCUGUCUCGGCUCGAUCCUCACUUGCUUCAACUCGAACGAGCACGUCAGACUACGAAGACGAUGAUGGACCCGAAGAUGAGAUUCGGACGGCAGGCGAUUCCAUCUCUGAAGUGGAAGAUGUUUCUGAUGUUGCCAUGGGGGAUUUGAGAACGAUAGCCGAGUGUAUGAUAUCGUCUGGAUAUGGUAAAGAGUGCGUGAAGAUAUACAAAGUCAUACGUAAAUCUAUAGUAGAUGAAGGUAUAUACAAACUUGGGGUUGAGAAACUGAGCUCUGCACACGUACAUAAGAUGGAUUGGGAGGUUCUGGACCUGAGAAUCAAGAAUUGGUUGAAUGCUGUGAGGAUUGCCGUGAAAACUCUAUUCAAUGGAGAGAGAAUUCUCUGCGAUCACGUCUUUGCAGCUUCGGAAUCUAUCAGAGAGUCGGUUUAUGCUGAGAUAACAAAAGAAGGAGCAUCGAUCCUGUUUGGAUUCCCGGAAAAUGUGACGAGAAACAGCAAGAAAUCGCCGGAAAAGAUAUUCCGGACACUAGAUAUGUACACUGCCAUUGCCGAUCGCUGGCCGGAGAUCGAAAACAUCUUUUCCCUCGAAUCAACAUCCAACAUCAGAUCUCAAGCUCUGACGUCACUCAUCAAGCUCAGAGAAUCUGUACAGACAGAGUUAAGCGAUUUCGAAUCGGCGGUUCAGAAGGAUUCUUCAAAAUCACUAGCCGCCGGAGCCGGAAUUCAUGUUUUGACGAUUGAUGUUAUGAACUACCUCUCUCUCCUCGCCGACUACAGCAACAUACUCCCGGAUAUACUUGCCGAUUCUCCACCGCCGGCGAAGUCGUCUCUGCCGGAGUCGUACUUCGACACUUCCGAUUCCGAAGACUUUCCUUCGCCGGCGAUUUCUCUCCGAUUCGCGUGGUUAAUACUCGUCUUACUCUGCAAACUGGACGGCAAAGCAAAGCACUACAAAGACGUUUCGCUCUCAUACCUCUUCUUAGCCAACAACUUAAACUACGUUGUUGCGAAAGUCCGUACAUCAAACAUGAAGUACUUACUUGGCGAUGAUUGGGUGAACAAGCAUGAAACCAAAGUCAGGCAGUUCGCAUUGAGCUACGAACGGCUAGCAUGGAGCCAAGUCAUUGAUUCAAUCCCGGAGGAUCCGACGGCGGUAACGACGCCGGAGGAAGUGAAGGAUUGUUUCAAGAGAUUUAAUUCGUUGUUCGAGCAGGCGUACAAGAAGCAGUCUAUGUGCAUCGUACUUGAUAGUAAGCUCCGGGAUGAUAUCAAAGUUUCCAUUGCUAGAAAGCUCGUUGGAGUGUACCGGCAGUUCUACAUUGUGCAUCGGGCUACGGUAGCAAGAGAGAGAAAUUUGGAACCUGUUGUCCGAUUUGCCCCUGAGGAUUUGGGGAACUACUUGUCGGAUUUGUUCUUUGGGACUGUUGGAUCAGGGAGUUCUUUGUCAUCUUCUGCUUCAUCGCAAUUGCGGCAUCGUUGA